AUGGAGGGUGAGUGCCAGUGCGAAGGUGCCAAUAAGGACUUCCCUGCUGGAAGCGUCAUGAGAAAGUUCGAAAAAGCCACUUUCCCAAUCGCAGGGCGUCUUUAUCGCAUGAAGAAAAUCCUCUGGGAGCGUUACAACAGUGAUUACCACCAGCGCAGGGCCAUGUUCGAAGCCGAGGAAUGCGAGACCAAGGACCCUGUCGUCGUCAAGUUCUUCCUGGAGGCAGAUCCAUUCAUGAGAGAAGAAGAGAGAGGCAAGCAAACUAUGAAAAACAAUGCCGCUGAGCUUUUCCACAAAGAAUGCGAGAUCUGGAGAACCUUGUCAGACACGGGCUAUACUCCCAAGUACUACGGCAAGAGGGAGAUGCAUCAGGACCUGGCUUUUGAGAACCCCGGCGGAUACCUGUGGAUACUGGUUCUGGAACACUUCCCGACCUUCAGUCUGGCUGACACGCCUCAAUUCCUGAAUGCUGCUGAGCUUCCGCGCAUUGAGAAACAGUUGCUUGAUAUGGCUGUGUACAUCACGGACAUUGAAUACUUCAAGGAGACAGAGGUUCGCGAUGACCCCGUAGCGGCAAAGAGUAAUGCAGCGCAUUGGGUCAGUGUUGUGAUGGGUGCUCUCAGAGCUGGUGUCGAAGAGAUCAGGGGUCUUUCGCCGAUGGACGAAUAUAUCGACCUUGAGGAUUUUGGGCACUUUGGGAGUGACAGUGAAUGA